AUUUGAUUUGUUUUGAUAUUGAAUGACAGUUGACAUGACAACUUUAAUUUAGAGGUUAUAUUUUAAAAAUAAAAUAAUAAAACUGCGUAAAAACAAGCUGAAAAUUCUGUAUAUUUUGUGAUUUUUCAAAAUGAGCAUGGCUACUAUAUUCAGAAAUAUCCGCUCAAGCAAGUUACCCAACUUAAUCAGAGUAAUUAACGUACAUAAUCAGCAAUCUGCAGAGCAUAUCAAGAAUGUACACAGUGGAGUUUGCCUAAGAAAUCCCAGACAAAUACAUAAACCAAAUAGCCGUACUUCUCCGGCCAUUGCCAGUAAAUAUCAGAUUAUAAAUGAGGAAAACUCUCAAAUCAUCGAAAAUACAGACACAGAAAUGUUAUUCCAAUAUGAAGAGAAAGAAAAAUACCCACUACUCAGUGAUGAAUUUGAUGGUAUAAAUUUAGAAAGAGGAAAAACUGGAGUUUUCGAAAUUGAAGAUCUGGUUGAACUGCUACAGAGAGAGAAUUCUAAAGAUAUUUUUGUAGCCUCAGUCCCUAAGGAAAUCAACUAUGUCAGUUACAUUUGUGUAGUCAGUGCCCGAAGUAAAAGGCAUAUUACUGCAUUAGCAGAGUUUGUAAGAAAGGUUUAUAAGAAAAAGUGCUAUAAGUCAGAUCAGAUACCAAGAUUGGAAGGAAAAGACUCUGAUGAAUGGGUUGCCAUUGACUUAGGUAAUAUUGCUCUGCACAUAUUCUCUGAGAAAACAAGACAAGUUUAUGAUUUAGAGAGUCUCUGGUCCGUGGGCCCAGAGCAUGAUGACCAGGUGCGAAAGAAGAAUGAGAUUGUUGACAUAUUUGAGAACUACAGUGCAUACCUGAAGGACUUAAAACCACUAGCAUAAGAUGUAAAUAUAAUCCUGUAACUGUAACACUUACUUAACUAAUUAGCCACCAAUGAGAGACAAAGAAAAAAACCAUUAAAAGUGUCAUAUAAAAUGUUUAUUUCCACUUAAUUAUAUUGGAUUGUAUAAUAAUUGAAAUUUCAAUAUUGUAGGUGAAAUAAAAUAUUUAACAUUUGGAA